AUGGUUGACGUAGCAACAGCACCCAAGACCGGAGGCGGAUCCUUCAAGGACAAGGACAAGCCCGUCGAGGUCAGACUCUCCAACAUCAUCGCCGCCAAGGCUGUCAGUGAUGCUGUCCGUACCUCUUUGGGUCCCAAGGGAAUGGACAAGAUGAUCAAGACUGCCAACGGAGAGGUUAUUAUCACCAACGAUGGCGCCACCAUCUUGAAGCACAUGGCCGUCCUCCACCCCGCCGCCAAGAUGUUGGUCGAUUUGUCGGCUGCUCAGGAUGUUGAGGCUGGAGAUGGUACUACCUCAGUCGUUGUUUUGGCAGGAUCAUUGCUCGGAGCUGCUCAAAAGAUGUUGAACAAGGGCAUCCACCCCACCACCAUUGCAGAAUCUUUCCAGAAGGCUUCCCACAAGGCCAACGAGUUCUUGACCGAGGUCGCCACAAAGUUGGAUCUUGCCGACCGCGAGUCUCUCCUCAAGAGUGCCAGCACCUCGCUCAACUCCAAGAUUGUUUCGCAGUACUCUGGAUUGUUCGCUCCCAUUGCCGUCGAUGCUGUCUUGAGGGUCAUUGAGCCCGCCACUGCCGUCAACGUUGAUUUGAAGGAUAUCCGCAUUGUGAAGAAGGUCGGAGGUACUAUCGAUGAUACCGAGUUGGUUGAUGGCCUUGUCCUCGCCCAGAACGUCGUCAAGUCUGCCGGUGGCCCCACCAGAAUCGAGAAGGCCAAGAUUGGUUUGAUCCAAUUCCAGCUCUCUCCCCCCAAGCCCGAUAUGGAGAACCAGAUUAUUGUCAACGACUACCGUCAGAUGGACAAGAUUUUGAAGGAGGAGCGCCAGUACUUGCUCAACAUGGUCAAGAAGAUCAAGAAGUCAGGAUGCAACGUUCUCUUGAUCCAAAAGUCGAUUCUCCGUGAUGCCGUCAACGACUUGUCGCUCCACUUUUUGGCAAAGUUGAAAAUCAUGGUUGUCAAGGAUGUUGAGCGUGACGAGAUCGAGUUCAUCUGCAAGAGCACAGGAUGCAAGCCCAUCGCCGACAUUGAUUCAUUCACAGAGGACAAGCUCGGAUAUGCCGAUCUCAUUGACGAGGUUCAGUCCUCAGGCUCGCGCGUCGUCAAGGUCACUGGAGUCAAGCAUGCUGGAAAGACUGUCUCGAUUCUCUGCCACGGAGCCAACUCGCUCGUCUUGGAGGAGGCCGAGAGAUCCCUUCACGAUGCUCUCUGUGUUAUCCGCUGCUUGGUCAAGAAGAAGUAUUUGAUUGCUGGAGGAGGAGCACCAGAGAUUGAGGUUUCGUUGAGAUUGCAGGAGUACGCCAAGACAUUGCGUGGUAUGGAGGCUCACUGCUUCCAGGCCUUUGCUGAGGCGCUGGAGGUUAUCCCUAUCACUCUUGCCGAGAACGCUGGUUUGAACCCCAUUGCGAUCGUCACAGAAUUGCGCAACCGCCACGCUCUCGGUGAGACCACCGCCGGUAUUAACGUCCGCAAGGGAGCCAUCACGAAUAUCUUGGACGAGAACGUCAUCCAGCCCCUCUUGGUCUCCACGAGCGCCAUCGAGUUGGCUGCCGAGACCGUCAAGAUGUUGCUCAAGAUCGACGAUUUGUGCGCUGGAAGGGAGUUGGAGGGCGAGAAGGUGGAAGGUUACACCAGCAAGCACCAAUGCAACACUGGAUGUGGAAUCGGAGGCCUUGUUGUCGAUACGUUCCAGGAGUGGGAGGAGGUGUUCGAGAAGGCGGGUCAAGAAGGCGCUAUAGAGACUUGGUUGAACAGGAUCAUCGUUUUCGGUGUUUUGGUCUUUGUGGAAGAAGGUCCAAGUGGAUUCUUUGUGGGCUGGGAAGAGGAGGCAGAAGAGUGUGAGGCAUAG